AGCAAAAUUCUUAUGUUCCUAUGGUUGGCUCAUGGUCAUAUAUUCCCGUCUUGAGCUAGCCAAGAAACUAUCACAGAAAAACUUCCACAUGUAUCUCUGUUCUACAGCAAUCAAUCUAACUUCAAUCAGUAAAUCCACUGAAAAUAACUCCGGCGAUUUCUCAGUACAACUAGUCGAACUCCAUUUACCCUCAUGGCCUGAACUUCCUCCCAGUUACCAAACAACCAGAAACGUGCCUCCAGAUCUUAUGCCGAAGCUCCAUGAGGCUUUCCAAUUGUCACGCUCCAGCUUUGCAGAGGUCAUCAAAACCAUAAUGCCUGACUUGGUCAUAUAUGAUUUAUUCCAACCAUGGGCUGCCACACUUGCUUCAUCACCAGGUAUUCCUGCAGUUUAUUUUGCCACUUCAGGAGCAGCGGCAAAUUCUUUUUACCAACAUUCCACUACUUAUGGGAAUGAUACUUUCCCUUAUCAGGCAAUCUAUCUACGGGAUUACGAAAGAAUGACUAUAGACGUUCUACUCAAUAUUGAAGAUUCAGGUGAAGACUUUCCUUUUGAGAAAAAUGAUAGCUGUUGGACCACUUGUUACGCAACCUGACAGUGAAGAAGAUUAUUCAGGGAUCAUGCAGUGGCUAAGCAAGAAAGAUAAGUUCUCAACUUUGUUUAUCUCUUUCGGUAGUGAAAACUUCUUGUCCAUGGAGCAGAUUGAGGAGCUGGGAGAAGGCUUAGAUAUUUGUGGUGUUAACUUCAUAUGGGUAAUUAGAUUACCUGUAGGAGAGGCGAUUGGUAUAAAUGAAGCACCACCACCAGAGGAAUUUCUUGAAAGGGUGCAAGGGAGGGGUAUGAUUGUGCAGAGAUGGGCUCCACAGGCUAAAAUUUUGGCACAUCCAAGUACCGGUGUUUCUUGAGUCAUUGUGGAUGGAAUUCUAUAAUGGAAAGUAUUUAUUUUGGUGUACCUGUAAUAGCCACGCCUUUGAAAUAUGAUCAGCCUCUACAUGCUAGGCUGGUGGUCGAGGCUGGUGUCGGUGUAGAGGUUCCAAGAGAUGACAGUGGUCAAUUCAAGAGAGAAGGCUUGGCAAACUCAAUACAUAAGGUGAUUGUGGAGAAGACAGGAGAAGGCAUGAGGUCGAAGGCUAACGAAUUGAGAAAUAAGAUGAAAGAUGAAGAAGAUGUAGCCAUAAAUGAAACAUCAGAGCAACUAUUUCAGCUUUGUGUCAAGGGUAAGCAGAAGCAGUGAUAUGUUGACUUAUCAUAGUAUAAUUGAAUCAAUUUCACCAUGCAGAUAGAAUAAUCUCCGUUGUGUGCUAUAUUUUUAUUGUAAUUCACAAGACAAAGUAUACAUGCAAUUUAUUGUGCUAAAUUAAAUUUUUUUUCCCAAUCUUGCACCAAAAGAAAUUUGUAAUUAUGCAAAAAUUUUAUGUUCUCAA